GUCAUUUUUUUUUCAAAACAAUAACCCAUAAAUUCUCUCGUGAUAAUGUUUCUUAAAAUAAUUGUUUUCAUUACAUACAGUCUAACCUUAGAGGUGAAAUGUGAAGGAGAAUACUACUGGAGACCUUGGACUCGUGAUUCUCCACCUGAAGAUGCUAUAACGGCUCGAGAUAACAGAGGAAUUUCUUACGUUGUCGAAGCUUAUGCCCCCAAUCUUGGUAUUUUCAUCGGGCAGGCAUUUGUUCACCAGCACCAAAUAAAUGUUUCAGCCUUCCAUGUGAAUUCAACGCUCAUACCGCAGAAGAGUCAUGCUUUGAAGGUUUUAUGUUCCGAUAACAAAGACAAGUUAGUCUGGUAUCCAACGUCAUCUCCUGCACUCAAAAAUGAACUGCAAAUGGCAUUAGUGAAUCCUGUGGUAGGAGGAAGAAAUACAGCAAACGACCAACUCUACAUCGGUAAAGUUGUGGAUACUACCGGAAGAACUCUACAUUUUGGAAGCAUUUGUAGUAGUUUAUUGCAACUCCAUUACAAUUACAAUAAUAUAAAUAAGAUUUCAAGUUAUUACGAAAUACUCACAUUGAUUGAUAAGUGCAAUAAGUAAGUGUCAUCAAAAAAUAUAGGUAUAAUUUAUAUUUCACAAUAAAGCGAUAAUAUAAUGUUCAACUUAGAUCAAGUAUGAAAGGUUUGAAAUUUGAGUUACAAGAUAUAAGUUUGAGCAAUAGAAAUUUCGAAGAAAUAUAUUUGUUGGUGAAACUAAAAUGAAAAACUAAUUUCAAUAGACAAUAUACAUUUAUUAAAAAAACA